AAAAAAAAAAGAGUUAGACUUACCAUGUUGCCCCCCUUUCCAACUAAUCUUUAACAUACCCCACCCAAGUUUUUCUCUCCUUAUCAUUACUCCACUUUUUGGCCACACCUGCCACUUCUGACCUCAUAAUCCCUCAACUGCAGCCUCAGGCCCCACCCCUGGGGAUACUGGUUAUCCACAACUACCAACAGCUCUCUCCUGCCUGUCCAGCCUGGGCAUCCUCAGCCUAUGAAAUCCAUCUGCCUCUCCAGUCCACCAACCCUAUAGGCCUAUUUGCCCCACACAAGGCUUCUAGAACACCCUCCUUCUGCAUGACUCAUCAGGGCAUUUUGUGAAGAGUGAGACGAUCUUGAGGGCAUGUUCAUCUUCAUCAAACAUGGAGAUAAUCAGCAGUUUCUGGUCAAUACCAACUGUGCUGUCGUCGUGUUGCUGCAUUACAUCCGCAGUAAAGUAAAGUUGCCUAAAACAAGCACCAUCGAUUUGUGUGAACAAACGGGGAAAAUGAAGAUGCUUUUCCUGAUGAAGCCCACCCAUGCAGAGUAUGCCAGCAAAUACCUUACAGCUCGAAGCACCUACUACGUUUGUAAGGUGGAGCGUGGGCCACCAGGAACCAGGCUGGAGAAUGGUUACAGAGCUUUUGUGCCUCUCCUCAAGAAUCCGGAGCCUCGGCUGCUCGUUGCACUGCGCAUACAAUGUGACACCCUGGAGAGGAGACGAAUUCAGAUACUUAAAAUGCAAGAAGCCAAGAAGGUCCUUAUAAUUGAACCUACUACGAGCGUCCCGUCCAAGCCAUCAGGACGAUCAGAGAAAAAGAAGUCCACUCGCAAGUCUCCGACCUUUAGGAACAGACCAGACUUCAGGAAGGAUAAACGUCGUCCACUCAAUAAAACCACCAAGCAAAAGAAGUAAUACUAGGUGUGAAAUUACUGGAAUUUAACAUGAGAUUUCUUUUUCUAGAAAGACUCCUUCUCCCAGUAUCUGCACUAAGGCUUGAGUAUGUAAGCCCCAGGCACCGAAGA